GGACUCUUUAAUUUUCAUCAGUGGUAUAUCAUCAAUUGCGCAUGGUCGUGAUGGGACAUCCAGCCGAUCUCGGAACACCAACACAAACAUCAAGAAAUUAACACAAAGUCAAAUGCAUUUUACACGUCAUUUUGCAUUUCACUAGUUCCCAAUGCCAGCUUUCAGAACAGACUGCGCAUAAACCCCCACAGCCUCCCCUCGUUCUCGUUGUUCUCGUCGCGAAAAGCCGCAUAGGCCUCGUCUUCCUCAUAUAUGUCCUCAGAUACCCUAUUAAACGCCGUCUUGCGUGGCCGCAGGUCCGGAUGCUCCGUUGGAUACUUUUCCAACAGCUCUUCAAACCGUUCAAAUAGCGCUUUGCCCUCUUCCACUGUAGUCGGUAGAUACGGACAGUCUUUAACCCUAGAAUAAAAGGUGGCGCCGUACUUUUCCAGCACCAGCGCUUCCUCAUCCAUGCUCCGCGUCCAUGCGAGGGCAGCCUCCAACCCGUAUGGUACGUCGGGCAACAUUGGCUUCGGUAUUUUCGCAUAGUUAUAAAACGUAUCCCAGCGCCAUUGAUGGAUGUUAUUAUAUCUGGCCGCCCAUACGCCUCCUGUGCUCGGAUAGGCAGCAAACACAGUAGGUGGGAAGUCGUCACCAUACAGCACUUUGUUCUCGAUGCUGUAUUGAUGUCGAGCAUAGAAGCCCCAGUCACACCACCAUUGACCCCCAAGCUGCAUCAAUUAACCGCCACCUCGUCCUCAUUAUUGCCUUCUCUCGUUGUAUCAUAGCUCCGAGGGAGUCCAAGGUAGACAAGGCAAACCGCAUCUAGCCUUGCAAUCACGGCGCCACCGACCGAAGGUCGUCAAGACGAGGCGUCGUCUAUGUUGAUGACUGCGAGUCUUAACAGUUAGCUGUCCUUCUAUCCCCACGUGUCUGCCUAUUUACGCCUUGCCUGGUGGUUGCUGGUCUGGAUCAAGGUGCUCUGGAUAUUCCAUUAUAAGCAAUACAAGGUCUGAAUACAGUGAAACCAGAGAUCUGCAAAGUCAAUUCCCCGGUACACGCUGUCGUAUCUGUAGAGGUUAGCGAUGGGUGGGUAGUGUUGUACUUAAACCACCCUUUGUAUUGGUUAGUGUCGUAUGCCUCCCCCAACACCGCCAACCUUAUUGUCCUUCGGCCUCAUCCCGCAAAUCACGUUUCCUGCUACGCUAAACCGAAGCCGUGUAAUAGAACUAUACAACGACUGUCGAAACUAGAGCGCUGACAAGCCCGAAGACAAGGAGCUCGAGACUACGCCGAAGUCGCUAGAAUCGAGAAUACCACCAAUGACGUCACACCGGCUGCUCAAGGUCAACGUGAUUGUUUCGGGAGCGGACGAGAACGACUUCUUAAAUGGGUACAUGUUGGACAAAAGUAAUGCCAAAUGUACAUUUUUACUGUGAGCGUGAUUUGUUCGAUUGUGGUCAAGAUUUACCAGCGCCCCGUUUGGGUUAGUGACUGUUUAUAAGUUAGUAGGUGUUGCGUCAGCUCGGUUCAGCCCUGCUGCGCUUGCAGCCAGCCCAGCCUCAGCAGGCAUUUGUAAUUUCACUCCUCUGUAACGAUUUUUCGAUGCAUUACAAAUUCCACCAAUAUCGUUAGCUUUGACAUUCACGUAUCAAUCAGAGCAAGAGCAGCACAGCAGGCAUCAUGGGCAGCUCCAGCGACAACGAUGAUGCUGAGUCUCACCAGAGCAGCUCGAUCCGCGUGAAGCGACGACCAGUACCUCGCAAGGGCCAUCGAAAGUCUCGCAACGGCUGCCUGACGUGCAAGAAGCGCAAAGUUAAAUGCGACGAGCUAUCACCGCGGUGCGGCAUCUGCACUCGCCUUAGCCUCAAGUGCGUCUUUGCAAGCGACAAGUCGGCGUCUCCCGAGAGCAGCUGCAACGACUUGGGCCCUGCGCGAAGCAUGUCUACGGAUCCCAGCUGGUUCAGCAUAGCCGAUACGCGUUUCCUUCAGCACUUCCUGUUCGCUGCGUACCCGACGUUGCCCCUAGACGGCUGGACCGUGUGGCAAGGCGUCUCGCAAAUGUCCUACGAGGUUAGUAAAAUCGUUCGGUGUUGCUGCUGCAGCAAGAAAUGAUACUAAUCGCAGUUGAACAGUACGAUUUCUUGAUCCAUGCUAUGCUGGCGCUGGGCGCGUCACAUUUGAAUAUGCUGCUAGGAGGGACGUACCUCGAGGCAGCCAUCCAACACAGAGUUACGGCCAUCAAGGGCCUGAACAAGUUUCUGUCGAGCGCGCACUUGAACCUGCACAACGCCGAUGCUGCGUUUGCGGCGACGCUCAUCUUGGCAUUCCAGUCGCACCAGAUGGGGGAGGGCCUGAUAGAGUUUCUGACCAUGGUCCGCGGAUGCCAUCUUGUCGGCGUUCACGCCAUGGCAGACUUUGAUAACUCCCUAUUCCGCACAUUCGAGAGGGAGUAUUACGUCAAGUCCGCCUCACAUCUCAUGAAACCCACCAACGCAUUUGCAAGGUUUGGUCCAGAGAUGGUUCGAGGGUUCUGCGAAAGCGCCAAAAAGAUGGCGCCGCUCUGUACCAGCGUACAGGAUCUCGAAUACCUGGCACUGCUUCAAAGAGUGGCCACGGCGACGGUGGACAACCCUCUUCUCGGCUAUCGAGAGCAUACAAGGUUGCACGACAGGCUUGGUUGGUCCACACCAGAAGAAUUUUCGAGGUUUAUAGAUCCUCACAACUAUCCUGCGCGGCUCCUCAUUCUUCACAUGCUUAUUUUAGACAACGUUAUGGACUCGAGCAUCCGCGAGACUAGCACCGCCACCACGGGCAGCAGCAUUCGCCACACUUUCGUCUACAAGCCCAGAAUUCUUCUGGUGUGGGCUGAAGAGAUUGCAAAUUCAUUGCCUGCCGAGUAUGUUCCGUACAGCGAAUGGCCUGUGCAGUUUGCAAGGCGCAUCAACCGCAAUCAGCAGCAAUUGUUAGACUGGCCAGAAACAGCUAGCGCAAGCGCGCAGGCAAACGUGACCGAAAUUAUGAUAUAAAGAAUCUCAAAUUUAUUAAUAUAAUGAUCAAUUCAUCUAUGACGCGAUACUAUACCCCUUGGUUGCAAUGAUUCUAGGAAUAACAGAAGAUUUACACCUGUUCUUCAGGAGUGCUGAUCGCUUCGGACUUGUCGCCCUUGUUACCCUGACGGGCCUUUCGGCUCUUGGCCUGCUUCACCUUGGCCAGGCUAUUACCAAGGUGCCUCGACGGAUGGUGCCAGCAAAAGAUACCAAUGGCGAUAAGCAUUGGAAUCGUCUCCCAGACCCAGAACAGCCACUCGGUGCGGAACGCAUAGCCGUUCAUGCCUUCGGCGAACUCGCACACGCGAUAGACACAGCGUAUCAUGAUGGCAAUGCUCGACACGUACACUGCGAGGACGACCUUGUGCCAACCCACCGGAGCAUCAUGCAGCGUGUAGAGCUUUGCCAGGUGAUGGAAGCGCACAAAGAUGCACAGGAAGAUGCCGAAGCAGACGAACUGGAACGCUAGCCCGCCGACAAGAACCCAGCGCCCAAUCUCCUCGUUGGGGCCGACCCAGUUGUUUGAGCUGGCGAUACCGGAGCCGCUGCCCUGGAUCAGGAAAGCCAGGACGUCGGUCGUGACGAAGAUGGGCGUGAGCAGGCGGCCGGGGAUGCCGAAGAUGGCGUGGUGUGUGCUCGGAAGGACGAGCGGAAUCAGGCGGCUGAUUAGAAGAUAGUUUCCGGCGGCGACGAAGAUAGGAGCGAGCACAGUGAAGGUGAGCGUCAUAACAAAUGGGGGCUGCAAUGUCGCGUGUUAGUCAAGUUAGAGAACUAAAAGAAGAGGGCGGCGACACACCAAGUCGGUCUGGUGCUUGACGGAGUAGACGCGGCACACGUAGCCGGCGACUUCUACAGCAGCGCCGAUGACCACGACAAUGAAGUACCACGCGCGGUACUUGAUGAGGGUGAGGUACGUGAUGGCGAGGAACAGCAGGCAGUACACGAUGCAGCCAAUCACCGCGAGGGCGAAGGAUGGGCUGUACAUCCAUACGGAAGUGUCUUUGUCGGCCAUUUUGAUAGCACAGGUUCUAGAAACGAGUAAAUUUGAGCGUGUCUGUAUUCUACAAUCUAUUUUAUUUCAUUCUUUUGCUGCCACUAUAUACUCGAUGCUCUGUUCGCCCGUUUACGAAUCGUCGGAUCGGAAACCGACAGCUGGGAAUAGGCACAGCCGGCGUAUUUCGCAUUCCCAUCAACCAGGGCCCCAGCAAUUUAACGCUAUGAUUGGC